ACGGGAGCAACGUGGGGAGCUAGCGGAGCGGUGGCUAACGACAUUAGCUUAAAAAUUAACUAAAACUCAGUUUAAUUAAAUAUUUCCAACAUGGAAAACACGACAGACGGGACGUGGGACAGUUUACCGGUUAAACUCAACGACGGGAUUUUACAGACGCUGAAGGAAGUGAAGUUUACUCACAUGACACCUGUACAGUCUGCUUGUAUCCCGCUGUUCAUGAGUAACAAAGACGUGGCCGCCGAGGCGGUGACCGGCAGCGGAAAGACGCUUGCGUUUGUGAUUCCCGUCAUCGAGCUGCUCCUGAAGAGAGAAGAGAAGCUGAAGAAGAUGCAGGUCGGCGCGCUGGUGAUCACUCCGACGAGAGAGCUGGCUCUUCAGAUCAGUGAAGUGAUGGAUCAGUUCAUCCAGAAGUUUCCUCAGUUUACGCAGAUUUUACUGAUCGGUGGAACCAACCCGAUAGAGGACGUGGAGAAGUUCAAGGAAAAAGGGGCAAACAUUGUGAUUGCGACGCCGGGUCGUCUGGAGGACAUGUUCAGGAGGAAGUCGGACGGUCUGGAUUUGGCGAGUUCAGUCAAGAGUCUCGACGUGCUGGUUCUCGACGAGGCCGACAGACUUCUGGACAUGGGCUUCGAGGCCAGUCUGAACACCAUCCUGGGUUACCUGCCCAAACAGAGGCGGACAGGUCUGUUUUCAGCCACGCAGACUCAGGAGCUGGAGAAGCUGGUUCGAGCCGGUCUCAGGAACCCGGUACGCAUCACCGUCAAAGAGAAAGGCGUCGCUGCCUCCGCCGCCGCCCAGAAAACUCCCUCCAGACUCUCCAACUACUAUACUAUCUGCAGGUCAGAGAAUAAGUUUAACAACUUGGUGGCGUUUUUAAGACAACGCAAGCAAGAGAAGCAUCUCGUCUUCUUCAGUACGUGCGCGUGUGUCGAGUACUACGGUCGAGCUCUGGACGUGGUGAAGAAGGUCACCGUCCACCUGAUCCACGGCAAGAUGAAAAACAAACGCAACAAGAUCUUUGCAGACUUCAGAGCCCUGAAGAGUGGGAUCUUGGUGUGCACAGACGUCAUGGCCAGAGGGAUCGAUAUCCCCGAUGUGAACUGGGUGCUGCAGUACGAUCCUCCCAGCAGCGCCAGUGCAUUCGUACAUCGAUGUGGACGUACAGCACGAAUCGGCAAUCAGGGAAACGCCCUCGUCUUUCUGCUGCCGAUGGAGUCGUCGUACGUCAACUUUUUGUCCAUCAACCAGAAAUGUCCACUGGAGAAGUUGGUCCUCACAGGGGAAGUUGUGGACGUGCUGCCUAAAGUGAAAGCCAUGUCUCUGGCAGACCGAGCCAUGUUUGACAGAAGCAUGAGAGCCUUCGUGUCGUACGUCCAGGCCUACGCCAAACACGAGUGCAGCCUGAUCUUCAGGGUCAAAGAUCUGGAUUUUGCCUCGUUGGCGCACGGCUUCGCCCUCCUGCGCCUGCCGAAGAUGCCCGAGCUGAGGGGGAAAACGUUUCCGGAUUUCAUAGAGACGACGGUGGACACGGACACCAUCCGCUACAAGGACAAGAACAGGGAGAAACAGAGGCAGAAGAUGCUGGCUGAGCUGAAAGACAGAGACAAGACUCCUCUUCCUAAAAGGAACUUCCUGAAGAACAAGGCCUGGUCCAAACAGAAGAGCAAGAAGGAGCGCCGGAAAAAGAGGUCGGCCAAGAGGAAGCACGAAGAGGGCUCCGACGUGGACGACGAAGACAUGAAGGAGCUUUUGAACGACACUCGCCUCCUCAAGAAACUAAAGAAAGGUCAAAUCACAGAGGAGGACUUUGAGAAACAGAUAACAAGCGGACCAAAACACCAACCAGACGGGCCCUCGGGGGACGAGGAGGCGUGAUCACCUGUAUUCAGCGUGUAGAGAAAAGCAGAAUUCAAUAAAACCUUUGACAUUUGUUUA